UCACUAACACAGCAACAACAGCUAACAAUGUCCCUCAUGUCUAAGCUAUUUUUUGUGGAUCUUAUUAUAUGCUGGUUCCCACAGUGUUGGCAAGUUGGGGUGUUGGUGAUUUAUUUUAGGGUGUCUAAGAGAAUGCAGAGUCUUCAAUUCACUGUCAUUUUUUUUAAUCCAUUAGACAGAAUUCCUUCAAAGGUUUAAAAAAAUGUAAGGAAGAGCUGUGGAGGUUCUGGGUGAUACAGUGAUGUAUUCCCUUACUUAAACCUGGCUCAGUGGUCGUUCCCAGCUCAUCUGUGAGCAGGUGAUGGUGUGACUGCAGCUGAUGGAGCCUUUCAGGGCCAUCAGGCAGGACUGUGCAGACCCCAGCCCAGCAGCGUGGCUGUCAGGAGCUUUCAGAUCGUUGAGGAUGUUUGUUUUAAGCAGGAACUGCAACCUGAAGUCCUGGAUUUUCUGUGCCUCUUUGUGCUGAACCCUUCAGUGGGGCGGCCCAGAAGUUGGGGUGCCAGCAGCCGCUGCCCUCUGUGUGGGUGUCAUUGCCAGGGCCCUGCUGUGAGAAGGGACAGGGUGAUGUUUGGGGACCCUGCUCGCUUGGCAGGGACAGGAGCUGCCUCUCAGUGCUGCUGCAGCAGCGAUUCGGCCGUGUUUCUGCUGGCGCAGGCAGAGCCCAGCGCGGCCCCGCUCUGCUGGGGAUGCCAGAGCUCAGAUGUGAUGUGUGCAGCCCUGCUCAGCAAUUACUCUGCCAGUGCUGGCUUUACUUCAGGGAUUAGCGCCCAUCUUCGUAGCACUGUGGUGGUUGGGAUUUCCAGAAGAGACUGCAGCAAUCCCCGUUUUUCUGACUGAAUGGCUUAUGGAAAUGUUUGCAAGUCUGUUAAAAUGUUUUCCUUUACCCGUUACACAUGGCUGCAGAGGGAGCAGCUCUGUGCACACGUGGCUCUUUGCCUGUUCCAGCGUGGACAGUACAACCUCUGUUAGGCUGAUGACUUGGUUUCACAAAACUUUCUCUUCAAAACUCCCUUGCUUACAGCCCUGGGAUGGAGUUAAGCAAACAGCUUGUGCUUUCAUUGGGUGUUCUGUCUUUUGUUCACUGUUUAAUGACAUUUAGUGAUCUGUGAUCGGUGCAGUGCAGCCAGUGAUUCAGCAAUGUGCUCUUGGGUCACAGAGAGCUCUGUGCCUGUGGCACUCUGGCACUUGGCACUGCUGAAUCCAGAGCGAGCCAGAGCCUGAGGAAUUUGGUGAGUGUUGUACUUGUAAACUUGUCGAAAGAUCUUCCCUCAGUAAAAUCAGAUACUAGCAAUUGAAGUAUUUGAAGUAAUUGAACUAUUUCUGCAGAUUUCUAAUCUAAAUGAACUCUUUAAGCUAUCUUGGCAUUUGGCUUUGCAAAAUAUAAUUUCCUAUUCAUUUUUUGUUAAGUGUUUGACUUACUGACAUCUCCAUUUUCAGACGCUGCAAUUUGGGUUUUAUCUUUGCUCAGAAUCACUGUUUAAAUGAAGGGCCUUAAAUUAUUGAAAUUGCAGGAGGAAAGCAUUUUAUAUUCUCUUUAGGCAUGUGUUCAACUGAACCUGUGUCAGGUUUAGAAUGGAAUCAUCUGGUCACAAAUGAGGUGUACCUUAAGCGUGUGCAAUUCACUGCUGGCAGAAAUAGCUAAGGUCCAUUUGGGGCAAAUGGGGGAGGGUUUAGGUGCUAGAAUUAACAAUAACCUUCUAUCACACUGGAUACCUUGAUAUUUGUUGGCUCAUCAGCUUUUCUGAACUUUGUUACUUUUUUUAAAAAAAUUUUUUUGAAACUUCAGAAGAGCUUGAUUAUGUUUCUUACGGCACUGUCAUGAACUCAUUUUUCUGAACUCUAAGCAGUCUUUGAUGUGGGGUAACUGCUCUGAAAUCCAGCUGCCUGGGUGGCUACAGCUGAGCUUGAGAAUCCUGGAGCAGGAAACAGAUGGUGGUAGAUGUCAGGUUGUAGGACCAUAGAAUUUUUUUAGCUCAGAAAAGACCUCCAAGAAUGAGUCCAACCAUUUCCCCAGUACUGCCAAUGCCACCAGUAACCUGUGUCCCCGAGUGCCACAUCCUAGGGUGGGUUGACUCCUCAUUUUAAACUCUUCAUUGUAGAUUGUUUUGCAGGGUAUGCACAGCUGGCUCUUACACAGGGCUCUUAGCAAACUCCCAAUCACAUAAUUAGCUUUAUGAAGGUUCAAAACAGUCCUGUAUCAAGUCUGAUUAGAAACGGAAACUUCCUCUUUAAAGAGAAAGAGAUCCAGGAUUUAAGGUCCUCUUUGACAUUUUUCUAUCUUGCAGCAGCUGCCCAGACUUGCAGACUGUUUGCUACUUGGCGUUGGAUGUUUUCACCCAAAGUCCUUGAAACAGGAGAGUUUUCUAGCACCAUCCAUAGUAGUGAUGUAUUCCUGUGAGAAGCUUCCGUUUUGGACACGUUGGUGCUGCUGUACUGGAGGAGUUCUCUGUGGCUGGCACAAGAGGAAAUGUAGUCUGCAUGAGCCAAGUGGAUACCUUCGGGUCUGCAGGAUUCUCAGCUUCCUGAAAUUGUUCUGUGGUGCGGAGGACUCCCUGCGGUCCCUGGAGCUCUGGGAAGCAUGAACAAAACUCAUCCCCAGAGAAACGGUGAUGUAACAACUUUUGCUUCAACAGAGUCCUUCUCCGGAGAAAGAGGCCGCUGCCAUCCGUGUGGUGCCCGCACUGGCUGCACACAGAGACACCUCUGCAUCUCGGCCGUGGUUCUGCUCGUCCUCGGGGCCGCCCUGGCCUCGGGGCUGGCACUGGCACUGCUGCCACGGGCACCAGCAAACCGCUUCUGCACUGCCCCUAAUAACAGGACAGGCUUCUUGUGUGACGACAGAGUGACCUGUGUCCCAGCCAGCUGGGUGUGUGACAGCAUCAGCAACUGCAGGAACGGGGAGGAUGAGCAGGAGCAGCUCUGUGGAGAUUUGCCCCACAGCCUCCCAGGGUUCCUGGUUUUCUACUGCAGUGACCGCAGAUCCUGGGUUUACGCUGACCAGAGGUGUAACGGCAUGAACGACUGCGGGGACUGCUCCGACGAGACGUGGAGCUUGGCCGCCUGUCCCCCGUGCGGGCAGGACUGGUGGAGCUGCAGCCCCGUGCACUUCCAGUUCUGCUCCUGCGUCCCCAGGAGGCUGUGCCGGGAUGGCGUCCAGCACUGCCUGGGCUGGUCCGACGAGUUCGUCUGCACAGCCUGAAUCCUGGCACCCAUCCCUGCUGGGGACAGCGGGGUGCUUCCCACACGUCACCC